GUCGUUAGCAACGGUGCUUUGUCAGUAGAAUACACGAUAACAUGUCUGAAUUACGGAAGCAGGAGAGUGUGGAUGAUAUCAAGAAGAUAGUUCAUACAUAUCCUCUACUACGGCAUACUGACAUGUCAGAGGAAAUGAAGACAGAGACGAUGGAACUGAUAGUAACAGCAUGCGAGAAGCAUCAGACAAAUAAUGAAAGUGCAGCUCGUGUGAUCAAGGAAACAAUGGACAAGAGAUAUGGUGCUACAUGGCACUGCGUUGUUGGUGAGGCUUUUGGAUUUGAGGUCUCAUAUGAAGUGAAGAACCUGCUUUACAUGUUCUUUGCAGGCAACCUUGCAAUUGCUGUGUGGAAGUGUUGUUAACCUUUUUUUUUCUAUGUCUUAAAUAAUAGUUUCCUCUUCGCACCUAGAGUCACCACUGGUGUUGGUCUUUUUAAAUUGAUUACGUGCAAUCCUUUUUUUUUAUGCACAUAUUUUUUAUCAUUAUUAUCCAAGGUGCUGAAUGUCAGGAUUUAAAAUCAGUUCUCUUUUAUCUUUCUGAUCAGAGAUAUAUGUUUUCUUAAGCUGAAUUUGUUAUGCUGUUGUUCUUAAAAGUUGUUCAUAUAGAGAGUACAUUCAUUUUAAUUUAUUUUGUUUCAUUUUGUGUUUUUUAUAUAUGUUUUAAUGUAUACUGUGUAUACAAGUCAUGAUAUAUUUUUUGCCUUCUUUGCAGAUCUGUACAUUCCAUUUAAUUAUUCCUAUAGAGAUUGAUAUUUUUUAUAAUUUGUCAGGUCUUCUUCCAGAAUGAAAAUGUCAUAUACCUUAUAUACAUGCCAAAAUUGCUUUUAAGUUACAGAUAUGCAAUAUUCAGAUUAUUUAGUGAUGGAGGAAUUCUCUAUAUAUACAUUUUUAUCCAAAUAUAUCAAAUUACAUGAUGUAAUGUAACUUAUACACCAAAGCAUGUGUUAUCUACCAGAUUCAAUUGUUAGAACUGCACAGAAUAUCUAAUUAUUAUGACAGUUUUACUUCCAUGAUCAUAUUAUUGCCUCAUUUAUUAUUAUUGUUGUGAUUUAGAUUUGCCAAGGUAUUUUGAUAUUGAUAUUAAAUGUUUAUAUUGGCUUUUAAGAAAAGCAUUUAUGAAAAGGUUGUGGAUUACAAGUUCUCUUAUGGACUUGUGAUGAGGCCAAUUAGAUGUAUGUUUUUCAUCUAGGCAGCAUUUUUCAUUUAAGUGUAAAGCCAGUGUUGGUUCACUAUUUUUACUGGACAAAAAUUCCAAUGUAGAUGCAUUGAUCUACUGAACAAAAUUAGGUGACAUGUUAUUUCAGGUUUAAAAGAGCAUGUGUGUUUGAGAUGUUUUUUGUGGUACCAGUUGUAUUUAUGCAAGUACAAGAAAAGGAAAUAGAACUGGACACAAAUUUAUACUCUUUUGUAAGGACAUUUUCAAUGCAUACAGAUUUAUGCUUACAACUGUACUUGCUCAUGUCCUGUAUAGUACGUUCAUUUGUAUUUAUAUACAUAUGUAAUGUAUAUAACACUGAUGUAUGCAAGUAUACGAACA